CAUCGCCGCCCGCCGGGGGCUGCUCGCGGUGAAUCCGCGACGGGCCCGCGCAUGGAACACAACGCGUGUGUAGUGUGUGAUACCGGCCCCUGGUGUGUACUCCCGACCUCGAGGGCGCGGGGCUGGAUUAUAGAUCGCCAGGAGCGCCCGCUUCUCCCCAGCAACGAAUCUACAGGUGUAUCCCGGAUGGAGGGGACAUCGGUAACACGAUGACGGAACUGCAGCCGUCGCCACCAGGAUAUCGCGGUCAGGAUGAAGCUCCGGGUCCGCCUUCCUGCUCCUCGGCGACCUUCAAGUACAGCCACUGUUCCGAGGCUGCCUCUUACAAGGGCUCUCCGCCGUUUCCUGAGGAAAGAUAUGGCAAGCAGAGUCCUGCGCGCCCGUCGCCUCCUGGUGAAUACUAUCAUCGCAGGAGCGACCCAGCCAGGCGGGAGGGCGAGCUCGGGAACGGGAAGAAAUCCACGACUUCCGGUUACAACGAGAGCUACAAGAAGAAUACUCCGGGCUACAAGAACGACAGCGGGUACAGCGAGAGCCUUGGAUUCGACAGUUUCAGCUUGGCCCUUAACGAGAGGGACGAGGCGUCGCCGCCCCCCACCCCGCCCGUCAGGGACGCGGCCAGCCUUAAGGGCGUCUGUUACGGUCCAGGGCACGAGAAGUACCCAUCCUGGCCCAGCGCCCCCGAGCGACACCCCGACAAGGAUGCCCAUUCUUCGGGGCACAGCGGGUCCCACCGGUCCAACUCCUGGACCGACUACACGAACUACCCCAAGGAGAAGCCGGCCCAGUACACCAGACCCCACAUGAAGAAGCCCAACCCUACCUUCACGCAGCAGCUGAAAACCGUGAUGGAGCGGUGCGAGAAGAUACCCGCGGAGACCUUCGAGUCCCGCGGCAGGAACAGCGUUGAAGAAGAGCCCAGACUGUGGCCUCGUGUAGAUCGCGAGGGCAAACCUCUGGGUGAUGCCGAAUACGUGGUGCCAUCACCUCCAGAAAGGGAGCAGCAGAGUGCUCAGACCCUCAGCCACGCAGACCUGGAAGCUUAUGUCAGGAGCUACCAGGACCCACAGGUGUCCCAGGUGGACCUCUACCAGGAAACUGCCCUGACGCAGGCCGGUUUGGAGGAGUACACCAGGGCGCAACAUUCCCAGCAAGCCAGCUAUGCCCAAUCCGAAGGCUACCAUAGUUACGUGUCCAGCGUGGACUCCACGACCAACACUCCGUUCCUCGACAGGCUGAGGCGAGACAGCGAGGCGGUGGCGCAGAGGCCAGCGUCCACCUGGGAAGAGACCACCAGGGAAGGUCGAGACAGCGUGGUGACCACGUCCAGUGGCAGCGCGUCCAGCAGCGAAACCCUGAAGUGGCAUGGUUCCAUGUCGGAUGUCAGCGUUUCCAGCGGAUUGCAAGCACGACCAGGGCCCGACAAGUGGCAUCACGGCUCCAUGUCCGAUGUCAGCGUCAACGGCGUAGCCCAGAAGUCCGGAGUGGUCCAUGACAAGUGGCAGGGCUCCAUGUCGGACGUGAGUUCCGCCGGGAUGUCGCCCGCCAAGAGCAGACACAGCGAGAAGUGGCAGAGCACCAUGAACGAGCGCAACAAGCACAGCAGGGCCAGUCUUCCUAGCGUCAUCGGCCAGACCUCGUCCUCGGAAACACAUGAAACCAAGUGGCAGGAGUCCAGCAUCGACGAGGACACGCAGGAGCGGAGCAAACUUUCCACUUGGGCAACCACCCCUGCCAAGGAUGACCAGGACAAGUACGGAUCCUUACGCCAACCGAUGCCACAAAGUCCCACCAGGCAGGGGAUCGGCGCCUCGCAGAGCCCUGAAGAUUGGGAUCCGCACCAUGGUUCUUUGUCCGAUGUCAGCAAUAAUGGCGUGCAGGGCAGCAAACAGCUGAUCGCCCACAGCGCAAGGGUGCAGACGCCGCAGCGACACCACUCCGAGAGUGUCCUCUACUUGGACAGGGAGCGUAGUCAGCGGAAGUUGUACCCUGUGAGCACCACCCAGCCCCAGGACCUUAGCCAGGCCACCAGGAUGACGCCGACCUCGCCUCAGCAGCCGCAGCUAUCGGUGGCAGAGAGGAUCUGCGAGCUGGAGAAGCAGCAACAGCAGCAACAGCAGAUGCGGUACACGUACUUGGACCCUGAAAAGAGACAUCGCGUGUCGGACCCGACCCUCAAGGCCAUUCAGAAGAAGGCUCUGCUUUCGUUUUAUGAAAGGCAUCACCAGCCAUCUUGGAGGUCCGAGCCCCAAUUGGCGCAAGGUGCUGCACCAGCUCCACAGAGUCCUCCACCUCAGCCUCCUCCCAGACCUAGACCUUCCAGCUCGAGGAGAGCCAGCUCAGCGUCGGACUAUGCCAGUGGCACUUGGAGAGAGAAGACCAGCAGAGGACAAGGUGCCUCCGAGUUGCCGAGCCCGAAGCACCAGCACAGCAACAGCUGCGGUAGCCUCUCCACGGAUCUGCUGGGGCCGGUCAUCGUUGGUCCGCCGAUCUGCAUCGAUGACUGGGUGCCCGAGAGACCACCUAAAAAACCCCACCUACGUACCGCCUACAACGAUCGUGUUCCCAGUCCUGAUUUACCGCCCCCGUCGCCGCCUACCGUCACGGAGAACGAGGUCCUGAACUGUGAUGACCCACUGCCGCCACCCCCGCCGGAGCUAAGCGAAAACUCGGAGAACAACAAAGAGAACUCGGUGCCCAGCGAGGAGAAGAAGAGGGACCACGAGCGGUACAAGGCCCAGCCUGAAAGGCACUCUGUAAGAAGGUCGAAGCAUUCGCAAUCGAAACACGAGAAGCAGAGCAAGUCCUCGCCGGUGAACUCGUCCACGAAGAGCUCCCAGAGCCAGCACUUCGUCAGGGCCUCCACCCUGAAGCACGUAGAGUCGGAAAUGGUCGUGGAGAACGGAGUGUCGGCAGGUUUCGCGACCCACAGGAUGGUCGCCACCGGCAGGUCCAGUCUAAGGUACCCAUCGACCCAGAAGCUGAUGGUCAAUGGUCGAGUAGCCCCGGUCAGGCGCAUCUCGGAGGAGCGGCUCUUCUCCUCCAGACCUCCGGCUCAGCUUCCGGACCUGAUCUCCCAGAGAUACAGCGAUUCCGGGAACCAACGACCAGCACCACAGGUCCCGGUAGAGCCGCGCAUCAUCCGACAGGAGUCCAUGAGAGUGGAGAGCACCAGAACCGACGUGUCGGGCUUGCUGAGGAACGAGAACCAGAGACUGGAGUCCUCCACUGGACAGAGGCCCCAACCCCAGGUGCCGAUGGGCGGCGACAGAACCAUCCCUGCCCAGCAGAGACCGAAUUACUUGCCCAUCCCGGAGAAUCCUAAAAGUUCAUCCCCCAAGUACCCAGACGGUCCCCAUUUCUCGGUGGGCAGCCCCAUCAAGACUUCCUACGAGGCCAGCACCAAGCUACUCGUUGAAGGUAGUCCCCAGAAGUACCAUGACCCCCCGAAAUACGUGCCUAACCCCCAGCGACAUGCGGAGGUUCCGUCCAGGAACUACUAUGCGUUGCCUCCGAAGUACACCGACGCGCCCAUGCAGAAACCGCAGCCGCAGAGCCCCCUGGACCGGUACGAGUCGGGAUCUCCGUCUUCGCCACCUCCGCCAUUGGCUCCGAGGCAGAACACCCCGGGGAGGAAGUCCUUGCCACCACCUCCGAGACCUGCACCUCCACUUGCUCCACCAACGAGCCAAUCCAAGGCGUCGUAUCUGGCGUACCGGAGGGAGCGAGGGGCUCCCGAUAGCGAGGGGAGCUACAAGAGGACCAUGUCACCCACGGCCCGCCUGGACGACUGGCCUCCACCUCGGGACCGGGACGACCCCGUUCUGCUGCGAGUUACGCCACAUCAUCCUCAUCCUCUGCACCAGCACCAUCACCACCACCACCACCAUCACCAUCAACAGCACCCCGAGUUGCCCAAAUCCCACAGCGUGGACGCGCUGCACCACCGAAUCGAGGACCGGACUGCCCACUCGGUGGAGGUCAUGGGGAAGCUGUCGCACGACCUGAGCAAGAAGCUGCAAGCCUCCGAAGUCCGAAGUCGCGGGGAGAACAACAACGUGGACCACAUCGAAGACCGGCACGAGAGGUCGGAGAAGUCCCCCUUGGACCAGGUCGAGCGGAAGGAGAGGUUGUCCCCGCAGAGCAUCGAGGUCCUGAACGACAGGAACCGCCAGCUGGAACGAGAACGGAGGAAGCUGGCAGCCAGCUGCGAACCGACCUCGAAGAGACUCCUACCAGAAAUCCCAAGAGGAGCCGAGGACUUCUACCGGGAGAGGAGUGCCACCAUCGAGAUGACCUCGAAGAACGUGGAACUGCUCAACAGGCGCAACGUCCUGGCCGAGAAGAGAUCCAGCAGCGAGGAUGCGGGGUCAGACUCCAGGCAGCCCUUGGGUCUCCCGGCAGGAUCUCCCCCCAGGUCUCCCGAUUCAGAGGCCAGGGACAGUCCGACAUCGAGAUCUCUAGGAGGGGCAAUGCCCAGGAGGUCGGGAAGCUGCUCCAGCUCCAGCUCCUCUUCGGCCAAGUCCCUGGAUCUCGGAGGUCUGACCAACUCCCUGCCCUCCAGGACCUCGCCCAAGUCCUCGCCCAGUCUGGACUCCCCGACCAGGUCGACCUGCGAGCUGUUGGAACGCAUCGGGGCGGCCUACAGGAGGAAGAUCUCGAGCCCCACCCAGACCGAGUCCACGGGGCCCUCGGAGAGGAGCGACCCCAUGGGUGCCCAUUCCCCAGGCAACGACAGGUCCAGCCAGACCCAUCACGACGCUGUCCUCGGGACCAGGAGGUCGGAACGGGACUGCGAGAGAGUCUCCCCAGCAGACGCCGCUUCCCCAACGAACCCCGUCACGGAUUCGUCCAGGAACUCCUCGCCAGCCCAGGAGAAGUGUUCGGUGGCGGUCGGCUCGUCUCCUUGUGUAUCUCCCCAGCCAGGAAUAGAGGGACUCACUCUGGUCCAGAGAACCGAGGUGGUCCUGAGGGUCAACGCCACCACCAGCGACGCGGCGUCGCAGACGGAGCUUCCGGCUGACGAGGGCGCGGCCUUCCGGGAGAGGGUCGAGGACGUUCCGGAGCCCAGGAAGAAGCUCCCCGAAGAGAUCGAGUGCGAGGAACUCGGCCGCGACCUCGCCAGUCAGCUCAAUCCCAACGACAAACUCGUGCCACUUCUAGUUCCAACGCCGGAGCACAAGAAGCCGACCGAUUACGUGUCCGGGCUCUUCAGAGUGGAGGCGACCUUGCACCCAAGGCCGAGACAGCGACUCUCUCUAGAGGGGACCUCGCCUACGAGCUUCGAAAACGAGGAGGAAGAGGACAAGAGAAAUGGUUCCUCUACGCCCUCGUCCCCAGCGGCCCUGUCAGCUACGGAUCCGAGUAGCCCCCUCUCGCCUACGUCGGCGUACUUCACCACCUCCGAGGGCAAGGCCAGGUUCCUGACGAGAUACUCCCGGGACGUCAGCGAAGAAGUGGCUCAGGGCGGCGACGACUCCACUCCAGUCGCCGCGUCGGAUAAUCUGGACCUCAGGCAGAAGAAGGAGGAGCUGAUGAUCCGGCUGGACAAGAAGCUGGUGGUCCUCAGGGCGGAACAGGAGGCUGUGAGGGAGGAAGGCGAGGUGAACGAGGCUCUAGGUGCACGGGUUGCAAGUCGGGUCGCUGCGGUAGCUCGACCAGCCGAGGCUUCGAAGUACAGACUGCACGUCGAGGAAGUUGGGAAGAUCACGAGUCUUCUUCUGGGUCUGAGUGGGAGGCUGGCGAGGGCGGAGAACGCCCUCUUCGGCAUGCCUGCUGAUCACGCCGAAAGGAAAAUCCUGGAGAGCAAGCGGGACAAGCUGAUGGACCAGCUGGAGGAGGCGAAGAUCCUGAAGAGCAACAUCGACAAGCGGAGCGUCAACGUUUCGGCCAUCCUCGCCAAGUAUCUGGACGACGACGAGUACGCGGACUACCAGCACUUCAUCAACAUGAAGGCGAAGCUCAUUAUGGACGGCCGGGAGAUCCAGGACAAGGUCAAGCUCGGCGAGGAGCAGCUGGCGGCCCUGAAGGAGGCCAUCGACUAGGACGAGGGACGUUCCCUGGUAUCCGAUCACCUCGGAGACCCUCUCGAUGUGGUCAGGAUCAGACCCGGAGUCAGUCUUGAGCAAAUAUCCCGCGGGAUACUUCCAAUGACUGAGGGCCCUCUCGAGGCCGUAUCAAAAGCCGAGACGUAGCGACUCCGCGACUUGGGACGCCGACGUUCUUCGGGAUCGCCGGAAAGGAACGACUUAGCGUCUGCCCAAGUGACGGGAGUAGCUACUUGACUAUUAACUAAGUUAACGUCGCGCGAGUGCCUGUGCGAGCGAAUGCGUCGGAUGCGUGCAUGGUCUUUACAUUUAACUUCGUUGGAAGAUGCGUUUCCUGCUUUCUUGAGAUCGACAGGGUCCGUGCUUUCGACUUAAGAUCGACGCCGAGCCGAGCGCGAUCCCGGAAGAGUGAACCUUCAGUGCCUAGUCCUAUUAAGUUUGCGAAUCUUGGUCGCGACGUCCGGUUUCGCGAGGGUUUGUCGCGGGAGACGGAGAUGACGAAGAGGUACCGCGGGACCUGGGGUAAUUCGUGUAAAUAAGGGGACAAUAUGGAACGUGUCGCUCUUAGAGACUCUUAGGGAAGUCUGAGAGGAUCUCGACGACAAGGAUUCCACCUUCGAAAUUUCUUUCCGACAUAUCAGGGCUUUCUAGAAACGUUCGGGCGAUUCUGUACGGAGGAGCUGUCGGAGCUCCUCGAGGAAUACCCGGCUGAGGUACCAGAAGAGCGGUAGCUCGUAGUGAUAAAUCUUAUUUAUUGCCCGUUUCGCGAGGACGCGUAUAAAUUAGGCGAGGUGUCGCAAAAUUCCAGGGGGACCGAAGAUAAUCAAAAUUCUAAUUAUAUAUAUAUAUAUAUAUACAUACAUAUAAAUAUGUACACAGGUAUGCGUACCGCGUUAAUAGGCGUCGCAUUGAACGUAUUUAUGGCUAAGGCAGAGAGAGAAGUCAUCGCACCGAAGGGUGCGAUUGCGGUGCAAUAUGUAUCUCUUUUCCCCGUCCCUUCCCGAAGGCCCUCUUCGAGUCGCGUGUACAGAAAUCGAGGUGGAGCCUCGAAGUAUUCGGGAAAAUCGGCGCCUUCUCCCCGGGGGGAAGAAAAUCGCUCGCGGAGAGAUUUUGUCCAGCCUUAGGAAACCACGGUGAACUCUUCCCCGCUCCGUCGCGUGUGUGUCUGCCGAAUAAGUGCGCGUGUCGAAGACUCGGCCGAUCGAUCGCAUAUUGUACCUAGCCUUUACAGUGGUGCCUUCUUACAUUAUACAUGUGAUAUAAGAGUAAGGAGAGGAGACGUCCCGUUCGCCCCGGAGACGAGGGACGAACGGACCUUUGUAGCAUACACCCGACACGUCCAUGUAACACGUACUGUACAUACGCGUAGCCAUUAAGACAUCCAGCCCACCUUUAACAAUACCGACACCUACACUCAUGCUCGGACCGCCGGAAAUGCCGUCUCACAUCGUCUCGUCCCUAACCCGGGACCGAAAGGUCCAAAGCUUGUGAUCUUACUUACUCUACGGCUAGAUGUCGGGAAACCUCGGAGAGAGAGAGAGAGAGAGAGGGCUGUUUGGAAGAGCCUCUUCGAGCCUUCCCGGCGAGACUAACGAAAUUUUAUGCCCCGGUCAGCUUCCUGGUAGCUCCAUCGCUUAGACUCGUCCUCUGCGCCCUGAAAUAAAUCCUCGUUUAGUUCGCCUGGAUCGAGAAACGUCCGAAACUACGCGAUAACCUGUACGGAAAUGUAUAAUUUCAGUCCUGGAAGUGCUAAGAACGGGUCUGCGGGAGCUGCAGGUGCGACCAUCAUGGCGGCUCUUGGUUCGCUAGGACCUUGGCGAGGAGUCCUCUGGGCUUUUGGACUCGGUAAUGAGACACGUACCGACGCCUCAGAAGCCUCGCGAUGGACUCCGCGUCCAUAGAUUCCUUGCAGAGGAAGGAAAUAAGAGCGAGCGCCAUUUUGUCCAAGGAACCUCGACGGGGUGGGUCUCCGAAGACUGGACGCGGGGCAUAAGAUUUUCCCCCCUUUUAAUAGUCAGUUCUCUGUUCCUCGCGAGUUAAUUAAUAUCGUUUGCAAAGCGGCGGAGGCGCGAUCUCGCCGUUGGAUAAGACCGGGGCCGAUUUGUUAAGAAGAAACAUGGCCGCCGUGGCGUCGCCUUCUUUCUUCGCGGUCGUCGCACGGCGCGGCUAGAAGUGUACAUAAGCGGUAUCACUUGGAAGUAAUAUGGUGCUCUUGACUUGUUUGCACAUCGAAAAUGUUCCGUUUAAUGUUCUCUUAAGGUGUCGUACUUUAAGGACCGUUCUGAUAUUUAACGUAUCCCCUGCGAUUUACACACCGCCCCCUCUGUUGUACAUACAUUAUUAUAUCAUACAACCCACAAGAACCGCCGGUACCGCGACGCGACGCCAACGUCACCUAUCGGCGACACUUGGUCGUCGCAGUCUGACAAUAUUAUCGUUACGAUACAGUUAUGAGAUAUUACGAUAGCUACCUUCUCAAGCUCGCUUGCAAUAAAAUAACACAUUGAAAAUUAA